UAACCGAGGGGCUACGAUUUAUCGCACCAACUUUACCGUAAUCCUCAGUCAACAUGUGUCGCGGCCGUUUGAUAACCAUUUUUUUAUGACAUUUGUCAAGAUGCAGACGAGAAUAUUAAGCGAAUUCCUUAAGUUGUCUCAGACCUUUUGUAGGCGGAAUCUCUCAACUAUUCAUUUUCACAAACACAGAUACUUGCCAGAAAAGUCCUUGACUAGCGUUUUUAACACACAUGGAGGGACCAGACUCCCCUGGCUGUGUGGUGCCAGUCAACCCUUUUCAACCUCAUUCCAUAGUUUUCAUUCAAGCCACAAAGAUAAAAAUAUUCUGGAGUUAUUGGAGAAUGGAGAGGAAAUAUUGCCAUCAGACCUUGAACUAUGUACAUUUACUCCCAAGGGAGCUUACAUAUAUCUUCUAGAAACCUUGCAUGAAUCCCUAGACAUAAACUGGCAGAUUUCAAUAUUUUUAAGUUCUGUUUUAUUAAGAUUAGCAAUCAUACCAGCAACGUUGGCACUUAGUAAAUUGCAGAAAAGAAAAUUUUUUGUUUUAUCAACAAUGAAAAGGAGUGUUAAUUUAACAGCAAUAAAAAAGAAAAAAGGAGGUGUAACGACAGAUUUGGUGAAAUUAAACAACAGUAUUUUUAAUCAUGGUCCUAAAGAUGCUUUCUGGUUUACAUUAGGACAGAAUUUAGUUGAGAUUGCUGCUCUCUUUGUUUUUUGUGAGAGUUACCAAUCAAUCAUCAGUCUACUGGGAUUAGAUUAUUUCUCUACAGUGAGUUGGGAAUGGUCAGGUUUUCUUUUAAUUAUGAUGUGGACCUCAAUGCUUCUCUCUCCAAGAAUAGCCGCCACAGGAAAUGUUUACUGGUGGGCCCCACUUUUCUUUUCACUGUAUCCUGCGCUAUUUGUAGCUCUCCUUCCGAUAAGCCUCCAGUCCUAUAUGGUCCCAAUGUUUUUUGGAAGAUCAGUAGUACAAAGACUCAGGAUGAAAUGAGAGUUAAAUUCGAAUAUUGAUGCUGAUCCCUCCAAGUCAAUUGUGAAAUUCAUCUAUGAACCUCCACAAGGUUGUUCCAAAAUAUUCCAAUAGAAACGUCUCUUGAUGUUUGACUUUGUGUAAAAGAGACAAUGAUGAUUAUAUUAGGGUAUUUAUGACAUAAAUAGACAUAUAGACAGAAUUGUGGCUAUGUAGCAUCCAGUAUGUAUGUGAAAAUGUUCUGUCAUAUACGGUACACAUUACAAGUAGGCUUAUGAUGUUUGAACACGUUUCACAGUCUAUCAGUGCAUUAUGUAACAUGUUUGUGCAUGUUUUAUGGUCAUCAACAAUUUUAAAUCCAUUGAAGUCCAAUGGCUCCUCUAUUAUGGCUUUGAAGGUGAAAUGAAAACUAUAUUUUGUUUUAUAACAAGUGCCUGUGUACAUCACUGACCAUAGGGGACUGCUGGAUAAACAUCUCAACUAUAUUGGCUCUGUAAUGAUGACUACAGUUUUUGUUAUGAGCAAACUGCUUCACUCGCCAUUUUUAUAAAACUGUAUGCUCAUCUCCUUUUUUACUUCGCAAAUUUAAAAUAGGAUAUACAGUAACAUUUUUGUACAUUUA